CCCCCCCCCCCCCCCCUCUCUCUCUCUCUCUCUCUCUCGCAGCCCACUUCAGUGCUACUGUGGCUCUGUUUCCUCUCCCUUUGAUUAAAAGGGAAACAGGGGCAUUUGUCGGCACAAUUAGUGAGAGCAGAGCAACCCCCUCCUUCUCUGUCACUGCUUAGACUACCUUAUCUGAAGAACUCAUGAGACAGAAGAAGCUCCAUUGAAGGGAGAGCAGGACCUGUAUAUGGUUUGAGAGAGAAAGGGGUAGAGAGAGAGAGAGAUCUGAACUGGGUCUGAGCUCAUUUCCAUCUAAAUGAGCCGCCCAAUCCAAUAAAGCCGACCCUUCUACAAUCCACAUUUUGGGGAUCCCCGUUCCCCUGUUACCUUCUUCUUGUUCUUCCGGUUCCUCUGGUCUGCUGUGUUUGUUUUAAGGAGGGAGGGAGACUAGAUAGAAGGGGGAGCGGGCGAAAAUGGCAGAAGUCUCGCCCAAGGCAUUGAUACCGGAUUCGUUCAUGGUGAGCAGAGAGGACAUAGCGGGGCAGAUUGGGAUGAUGUGGGAGCUCAUAAAGACCCCAUUGAUAGUCCCCCUGCUUAAUCUCGCGGUCUACAUUUGCCUGGCAAUGGUGCUCAUGCUCUUCAUCGAGCGUCUCUACAUGGGGGUCGUCAUAAUCCUCGUGAAGCUCUUCUGGAAGAAGCCGGAGGACCGCUACAACUGGAACCCUAUCGAGGAGGAUUUGGAGUCCGGCAGCGCAGCCUACCCUGUGGUCCUCGUCCAAAUCCCGAUGUUCAACGAGAGAGAGGUGUACAAGAUCUCCAUUGGAGCAGCUUGUGGUCUCUCAUGGCCGUCAGAUCGUCUCGUGAUCCAAGUCCUCGACGAUUCCACCGACCCCGUCAUUAAGCAAAUGGUGGAGCUGGAGUGCCAGAGGUGGGCUGCGAAGGGAAUCAACAUCGUGUACCAAAUCAGGGAGACCAGGGGAGGCUACAAGGCGGGUGCUCUCAAGGAAGGGCUGAAGCGGAGCUACGUCAAGCACUGCGAGUUCGUCGCCAUCUUCGACGCCGACUUCAGGCCGGAACCCGACUUCCUCAGACGGGCCAUCCCCUUCUUCAGCAGCAACCCCGACCUCGCCCUCGUUCAGGCCCGCUGGAGAUUCGUGAAUGCCGAUGAGUGCUUGUUGACGAGGAUGCAAGAGAUGUCGUUGGACUAUCAUUUCACAGUGGAGCAGGAGGUUGGGUCAGCUACUCAUGCCUUCUUCGGCUUCAAUGGGACUGCUGGAGUAUGGAGGAUAGCAGCUAUUAAUGAGGCUGGUGGCUGGAAGGACCGAACCACCGUGGAGGACAUGGACCUUGCCGUUAGAGCCAGUCUCCGCGGUUGGAAAUUCGUUUACCUCGGCGACCUUCAGGUGAAGAGUGAACUCCCGAGUACCUUCAAGGCCUUCCGGUUUCAGCAGCAUCGCUGGUCCUGUGGCCCUGCUAAUCUCUUCCGGAAGAUGGUGAUGGAGAUUGCAAGAAACAAGAAAGUCAAGUUCUGGAAGAAAGUGUACGUUAUCUACAGUUUCUUCUUUGUCCGGAAGAUCAUCGCCCACAUGGUCACCUUCUUCUUCUUCUGUGUCGUGCUUCCCCUGUCCAUUUUGAUCCCCGAAGUCGAAGUUCCGGUAUGGGGCACCAUUUACAUCCCUUGCAUCAUCACCACUUUGAAUUCAGUCGGAACUCCAAGGUCAAUUCACUUACUGUUUUACUGGAUCCUUUUCGAGAACGUGAUGUCGUUGCACCGGACAAAGGCAACCUUCAUCGGUCUACUAGAAGCUGGAAGAGCCAACGAAUGGGUCGUCACCGAGAAACUCGGGGAUGCCCUCAAGAACAAAUCAAACAACAAGACCUCAAUCAAAAGACCUCGAUUCAAAUUCGGGGACAGGAUCCAUCUUCUCGAGCUCGGAUUCGGAGUGUUCCUCUUCACUUGUGGGUGCUACGACUUUAUGUACGGGAAGCACCACUACUACGUCUACCUGUUCCUUCAGACGAUCACCUUCCUUAUCACGGGAUUCGGCUACAUCGGAACAAUCAUCCCGUAAAAUCGAACAGAGGAAGGCCUCCCCGAGUAAUAUAUGUGCAGCAAGUGCCGCAUAACACAUUUUUUUUUCCGCUUCGAGUGUGUUAAUUUAUUUGCAUUGUGUAUCUUUACAGGGAGAUUUAUAUUAAUAGGGUUAUGUAGGGGGAAAAAACAGCUCCAUUAAAUUAUUGAAAUUAUUCCAGAUCGUGCAAUCGAAAUAGAUCAUUCACCUUGCUUUCUUGUAAUGCGGAUAUACGAGAAAAAGACACAAACUGCUCUUUUGCUGCAAAUACACAGAGUCCUGAAGGGACUAAUGUAAUAGGAGGCACAACACGAACCUAGGAUCAGGGAAUAGAUAUAUUAUGUAUCUGUACGGGCUUCUCCUAUUUUCCAUUUUUUAAUUAGAUAGUAUUUUGAGGGCCUAAAGCUUGUUUUCUGGGGCUUUUUGUUGUCACUUUCACUCUUUUAUCUUUCCUUUUUGUCUUUUUUGGGUUGGGUUGAGGGCAAAGAAGCUGUAAUAAUAAGUAGUCAACCGUCAGUAGCAGUUAUAUAUAUAGUUGUAAUGAUUUCUAGUUGCUGUUUCUUAAUUUGCUAAAAUAAUGAAAAA